AUGCGAUCCGUCACCUAUAUUGGAUCAUUGAGCCUGCUGGCAAGGCUCGCAGUUAGUGACUCUUUUGUUGUUUUUAAUAACCAGGGUGUGUGUAGGAUAUGGUCUGAUAGUGUUUUUGGCUGUACUGGCUACUCAGAGCCCUUCGCCGUACUUAAUGGGGAUGAUUGUUCAAACUUUUCUAUAAACGGGACGAGCACCGAUGCAGCUACACUCAAGCUUGAUAUAUGUGGUACAGAGAAUGGGCGACAGGUUGCUUGGAUGAAUGUGACUAGAGGCAAUGGUUCCGACGGCGUGUCAUUCAGAAACCAACAAGGCAAAGAGUUCUGCUGCCUACUUGAUAACAAUUUUAAAGUUGGCAGCAAGUGCAUAAUCCCACAUCUAGGCACUCAAACACCUAUACCUUGA